UGGCUGCUUGCCGGAGCGUCAAGAGCGCGUGCGCGCACGACCCCACGUUCUGGCGGUGCAAGUUCACAGCAGGCGAGCCGAGAGGUAGCGGAGGUCACCACUGGGAGGCGGGGUGGGGGCAGCAUGGCAGCCUCCUUACGCCUCCGAGGAGCUGCCUCCAGCCUCCACUGCUGGACCUGCCGGCGGUGGCCGGCUGCGGCCGGCCUUCCAGCGGUGUGUUCUAGGUCAAUGGCUUCUAAGACUCCAGUUGGAUUCAUCGGACUGGGCAACAUGGGGAACCCAAUGGCAAAAAAUCUCAUAAAACAUGGCUAUCCACUCGUCAUUUAUGAUGUAUUCCCUGAUGCAUGUAAAGAGUUUCAAGAUCAAGGUGAACAGGUAGUGUCUUCCCCAGCAGAUGUAGCUGAAAAAGCUGACAGAAUUAUUACAAUGCUGCCCACCAGUAUUAAUGCAAUAGAAGUUUAUUCUGGAGCAAAUGGAAUUCUAAAGAACGUGAAGAAAGGCUCAUUAUUAAUAGAUUCCAGCACUAUCGAUCCUGCAGUUGCAAAAGAAUUGGCUAAAGAAGUUGAGAAAAUGGGAGCAGUUUUCAUGGAUGCCCCUGUUUCUGGUGGUGUGGGAGCUGCCCGGUCUGGGAACCUCACAUUUAUGGUGGGAGGAGUCGAAGAGGAAUUUGCUGCUGCCCAAGAGUUGCUGGGAUGCAUGGGCUCCAAUGUGUUGUAUUGUGGAGCUAUUGGCACUGGACAGGCUGCAAAGAUCUGCAACAACAUGCUGCUAGCUAUUAGUAUGAUUGGAACUGCUGAAGCCAUGAAUCUUGGAAUCAGGCUAGGGCUUGACCCAAAACUGUUGGCUAAAAUCCUAAAUAUGAGCUCAGGACGGUGUUGGUCAAGUGACACCUACAACCCUGUACCUGGGGUGAUGGAUGGCGUUCCCUCGGCUAAUAACUAUCAGGGUGGAUUUGGAACAACACUCAUGGCUAAGGAUCUGGGAUUAGCACAAGACUCUGCUACCAACACAAAGACCCCGAUCCUUCUGGGCAGUCUGGCCCAUCAGAUCUACAGGAUGAUGUGUGCAAAGGGCUACUCAAAGAAAGACUUUUCUUCUGUGUUCCAGUUUCUACGAGAGGAGGAAACCCUCUGAGUUUGCCCGUAGGCUUUGGACACUGUUGGAAACCAAACUGUAUCUUGGAGCCUCCUUAUAGGUCACUUCACGAGUAAGUGGGUUUAAUCAAAGGUCACAUGUCUGCUUUUAAUUGUCUAGGUCACAGCAAAUCCUAGGAUUUUUCCACCCAUUUUUAAUUGCUUAUUCUUUUAGCAUAUUUAGCAAACAUAUACAUCAGAUUUUUUUUUUUGGUCCUCAAGCCACUGAUGGGUCUGCUAUAACCAGCUGACAUACGUUUUAAAAAAAUUUGAUCCCUGAGCAUAUUUGACUAAACCAUUGAAUACUUCAAUCAGGAUUAUUAUUUACUCCACUUUAUAAAUAAAACCACAUAUUUUUUCAACCCAAUGAAAUCCAUCUUAAAGCAAAAAUAAAUAAACUGGUGUUGAGUAGAGAUGUUAGAAUAAUAUAGGGAGUUAUUCCUUGCAUCCCUCAGGAAGUUUUUCCUGUUAACUAAGUGGUGAUAAUCUUAACAUUACUGAGGUUACUAUUCAUUUUCCAGGGAGUUGGUAAAGCUACAUGUUUUGUAAUUUGGAAUAAGUUACAAUAUCUUAGGGUGUGUGUCUCUCUUGUUACAACUCCCAGUACUUAGCAGACUUUGUUUUUUUUUUUAUAUUUUUGCUUCCUUGUACAUUCUUACUACAUAUUUUUGCACUUCGAAAGAAUGACAUCUUUAGACUUACUCCAGAGCCAAUGAUGAUAUUUGCUUUAGAUGAUUAUUAUGUUCUAAAUAUAACAGCAUUAUUUUGAAUUCAAAUAAAUUUCUAUGCUGAUAAUACUUUCUUGGAGUUUUUGCUUCUUUCCAGUUAUUUGGAGAACAAUCAAAUCUGGCAAACUGAUAUUACAGACUUAUGAGGAAAGCAUGGGAAGAAAGGGAAGGAAGGGGAAGUCAAAAGAAACAGAGCUCUGAGUUGGCUAGUGGAAGCCAACUUUCCGCUACCUGAAUCCUCCAAUGGCAUUUGGUUAAAUGGUUUCUAGCUUGUGCAGCCUGCGUUGAGUGUAGCAUGCCCCAAUAUGGAGAACUGUUGCCACUUUUCCCACCUCAGCCCCUAGAAGCAUUCUAGGUGAUAGACCUGGCUACCAAAUUUGAGUGCUAGUUCUGUCAUUUUCCUAGUGAUGAAACAGACACACACACAUACAAGGCACAAUUCUAAAUGCUGGGGAUACACCGAUGAAUAGAACAGAUAAAAUUCCUGCUUUUGUAGAGCUUAAAUUUUGUUGUCUUACCUGUGUGUGUGUGUAUGUGUGUGUGUGAGGGGCCUGGUGCUAGACAAGAAAUAAAUACUUAAUAUUUAGUAAGGGCUAAAAAGAAAAAGCAGGGUAAGGGGGAUUGAUGGGGAGCGCCAAGGAUAUUUUAUUAGGUUGGUAAAGUGGCAACUGAGCAGAGCUAAGAAGGAAGUGAGGGAGCAAGCCAUACGGAUACCUGAGGGAAGAACAUUCCAGACAUUUUUGUCGUUAGGUACUUUUGAGUCAGUUCUGACUCACAGCAACCCUAUGCACAACAGAAUGAAAUUUUCCCGGUCCUGUCCCAUCCUCACAAUGGUAGGUAUGUUUGAGCCUAGUGUUGCAGCCACUGUGUCAAUCCAUCUUGUUGAGGGUCUUUCAUUUUCCCUGACCCUGUGCUUUUACCAAGCAUGAUAUCCUUCUCCAGGAUUGGUCCCUCCUGAUAAUAUGUCCAAAGUAAGUGAGAUAAAGUCUUGGCUACCCUCACUUCUAAGGAGCAUCCCAGGCAUUGGAGAACAGAAAGUACAAAGGCCCCGAGGUAGAUACUAGAUAUGAGGAAUGGCAAGGGAGCCAAAUCAUGUAGGGCUGAAGAACAGAGUAGGAGGCCUCUUGCUUCCUGAUCUCAAAACUUACUGUAUAGCCACGGUAAUCAAAACUGCCAGGUACUGGUUCAAAGACAAACACAUAGACCAAUGGAAUAGAAUUGAGAACCAGAAGUAAAUCCAUCCAUCUGUGGACAGCUGAUCUUCAACAAAGGGUCCAAUUUCAUUCAAUGGGAAAGAAACAGUCUCUUCAACAAAUGGUGCUGGCAAAACUGGAUAUCCAUGUGUAGAUAAAAUGAUCCAUAACUAUGCACAAAAACUAACUCAAAAUGGCUAAAUGUUAAAGGUGUAAAACUGUAAAGUUGCUGAAAGAAAACAUAGGGUCAGAACUAGGGAACCUAAUCCUUGGCAUAAAUAGAAUAUCAAACAAAACAAAAAAUGCACAAAUGACAGAAGAUAAAUUAGAUAACUGGGCCCUCCUAAAAAGUAAAUACCUAGGCUCAUCAGAAGACUUUACCAAGACAGUAAAAAGAGAACCUAAAGACUGGAAAAAAAACC